UGUUGUUGGUUGCCGACUUGCCUAGCCACCAAAUUUUUAUAAAACAAUUUGAAAAAUAGUAAUUUCAGAUAUAAGAUGUAACGUACACCUCAGCACUAAAAAUUAAUAUUUUUUGCAUUACUGAUUCCCAACAGCAAAAAUAAUAAAUUCAAAUGAAGUAUUGUUGCUGGUAUCCUAGAUUGUCAGAUUCAGUUUGAGGUUAUGUUUGUGUAUAUUUUUUCGUAAAUAUUAAGUAAAAUGGUCACUGUUACAAGACCAACAUUUACAUGACGCUUCCAAUUAAAAAUGUCACUCCUGUAUAGAGCAAAAUUUGGCACUGAUAUUUUAAGUGUUACAAACCCGUGGAAAUGUAUCAGAAACAACUCAAAUGCACCACCAACUCAAGCAAGAAUAGUGAUCGCAGGGGCUGGAGUUGUCGCAAACUCUGUGGCCUAUCAUUUGGUUCAGAAUGGUUGGAGCGAUAUUAUUGUCCUAGAACAGGGCAAAAUCGGCAGUGGAACGUCUCAUUUCGGUUCCGGGACCUUGGGUUUGUUCAAACCAAUCGCUCACAGAAAUCUGAUCUGGUACAGUAUUAAAUUAUACCAACAAUUGCAAGACAUGGGCUAUGACAUCCAGAUGAGGCAGUGCGGGAGCAUUAAUUUAGCCCAAACUAAUGAUAGACUGAUAGCUUUAAAAAGACGAUUGGCUUAUAAUAUUCCCACAGGGUUAUACUGUGAAUUGCUUAGUCCAAAUGAACUUAAAGACUUGCACCCUUACUUACGAGUAGAUGACUUAAAGGGAGCUGUUUGGGUCCCUGAAGACGCAGUAGCUAACCCCAGAGCUAUCUGUGAUGUCCUGGCAAUAUUAGCCCAACAAGGGGGCGCGCAAUACUUCGAACAUACACCUGUAGACAAAGUACUUACCCAAAACUCAACUGUUUAUGGCGUGGAGACUCCGAAAGGGGUUAUCAAAUGUGAAUAUUUUGUGAACUGUGCUGGGAUGUGGGCUCGGGAAUUGGGGCUGCAGUGUUCGCCACAAGUGCGCAUCCCUGCUUAUCCGGCACAACACUUCUAUGCAACCACGGGGCGUCUCACCAAAAUUAUUGACGAAUCAACACCAAUAAUAAGAGAUUAUGACGCUUUCACCUACGCACGCGAACACGAAGGGGGUUUUAUGAUAGGAUGGUUUGAAGAGGAAGCUAAGCCCGCAUUCGAGGAUAGCCAAGUGCCUAGAGAUUGGUUGAGACACGUUAAAAAGGAUUUUAAUCACUUUUUUCCUUUAUGGGAACAAGCCAUCCGUCGGAUCCCCGAACUAUCCAACUGCAAAAAACCGGAAAUCGUUAACUCUCCUGAUAAUUUCACUCCGGAUGGUAGAUGGAUUCUGGGUGAAACUGCUGAAGUGACUAAUUAUUUUGUUGCCUGUGGCAUGAACGGUAAUUCUUUACAGGGUGCGGGAGGGAUAGGUAAAGCUGUAGCUGAAUGGAUUAUCGAGGGAGAGCCCACUCAAGAUCUUUUACCUUUCAAUGUACAAAGAUUUUUAGAUGUUCAUAACAGUAGACAGUACUUACAACAAAGAAUUAAAGAAAUUGUGGGCAGGCAUUACUCAAUUCUAUAUCCCUUUCAGUGUGAAUAUAAAUAUGCGAGGAAACUUCGCUGCUCUCCCCUGUACAGUGUGCUAGAAACAAAAGGGGCAGUGUUUGGAAUUAAGAUGGCAUAUGAAAGGGCUCUUUACUUUGAUUCAAGAUACAUGAAUGGUGACUCUAAACCAAUUAUGCCUCCGGGUAGUUUUUUUAAACCGAAGUUUUUCGAUUACAUGAAAGAAGAGUAUUUGGCAUGUCGGGAAGGCGUAGGAAUUAUUGAUAUGUCUUCAUUUUCAAAAAUUGAAAUUAAGUCAGACCAUCUUGAAGUCGUAAAUUAUCUCCAACGGUUGUGUUCCAAUGACAUUGAUAUUGCCGUGGGAGGAAUAGUACAUACAGGGAUGCAAAAUGAGAGAGGCGGCUAUGAAAAUGACUGCAUGUUAGUGAGACAAGCGGAUAACAAGUACUUUAUGGUAUCACCAACUAGUCAACAAACGCGAAUCUACGAAUGGAUCUCGCGUAAUUUACCGAAAAAAUCAUCAAUUGAUUUAAACGAUGUUACAUCAAUGUACACAGUAAUCAAUGUUGUGGGUCCUAAAGCACACGAAUUGCUCAACGAAUUGUCCAACAGUGAUAUGCGACUAACACCUUUCUCUUACAAAAAAGUAAACAUGGGCUAUGCUUCCGACGUCAUGGUUAUGUCAUUUACACACACUGGAGAACCAGGAUACUGUUUGUACGUCCCUUCAGAAUACGCUUUACACAUAUACUACAAAUUAAUGACAGUGGGUCGCGACUAUGGUGUGCGAGAUGUUGGGACUUUAACUCAACGUUUUAUGCGAAUUGAGCGUUUUAUCCCUUUUUGGGCGGAAGAAUUGAGCAGUUUUACGACACCUUUUGAGGCAGGAAACGGUUACAGUGUACGACUGGACAAAAGGGAAAAUUUUAUCGGAAAACCAGCUCUCCAGCAACAGAAAGAAAACGGAGUAACUAAACAACUUGUCUUCUUCCAUUUGAAUGAUAUAGACCCCGAUAAAGAUAUUUGGCCGUGGGGUGGAGAACCGUUGUACCGAAACAAUGAAUUUGUUGGAACUGUUACAUCCGCUGGUUAUGGAUUUUCAGCCGAUAAGUUGAUUUGUUUGGGUUUUAUUCGCAGACCAAAAUCGUCAAGCGUUAAAACGAUUACUUCCGAAUAUAUACUGUCGAAAGAGGCUAAGUAUGAAAUCGAUAUUGCGGGCACUCGAUUUUCUAUAAUGCCAUAUCUUCAUGCCCCACCUGUCACAAAUACGGUUAAUUUAGGUCAGAAGUAUCGACCGACUGUUAUUAGGUAUAAAAGUGAUGUGACAAGUUAGUAAUAAUUUUUUACUGGUUCCUAGCAGCACACAUAACCAUUCAAUAUGUAAUCUCAAGCUGAAGCUUUCAAAUGUGACAGGUUUUUAAACUAAAAAUUGUUUAGAAAAAUUAAUAAAAGUUAAAAAAAGUUGGAUGGUGUCAAUAAAAAAUAAUGUAACGUAACAUAUAUUGCAAGUAUAUUUGAAAAAUAUGUAAAUAUGUUUAAUGCUUAUUGACAUAACAAUUAUCCUAUAUAUUUGAUACCAAACGAGUAGAUUAUAUUAACAAUUAUUUUUUGUCAAAUUUGAACAUAUUGCACAUGUUUGUACCAAAAAACUAAUGACUUCUAAAUUAUAAAAAGAACAGUCUAUGUUCUAGUUUAAAUUAAAUAAGAAAGUCGAAAGUUGGAAAAGUUUUAAACACAUCACCUUAUACUAUAUUAAAAGCCAUUUCAUUAUAUUUUUUAUUGUUGAAAUCGGGCCUUAAGUAAAAAUUCUACAGCACCUGCCGGUUUUUAAAUAUUACUAUGUAAAAGCAAAUUAUUCCAAAAAAUAAUUUUAUCCGACAAUCUCACAAUGUUAAGAUGGCUUAAAAAAUUAAACUUUUGCCGAACAGGUUAUACAGGGAGCGGCAAAAUUAUGGAAUAAUUUUAUUAAAACUGAAAGUAUUUUGUUUUAGCGAAAUUGUUCGUACAGGUCAAUGUUUUUUUAAAUUAAACACUUCACCAUUUUCAAUAAAAUUUACAAUUUUUGGUUUUGAAGUAAUUUAAAUGGAAAUCCUGAAAUUUUUUGCCCAUUUCGAUAGAUUGUUAAUUGCAAAAUAUUACAUGUUACGUAACGACGUAAAUUUCAUUUAACAUUUUCUUGUUUCGCCUAAAGAUCGUAGAAGCAAGUUUCAAACAAAAUCCUAAUAUUUUUUUUUAAUUUUUUUAUGGCAAAACAAUUAAUUUAUUAAUAUUAAUUGUUUUUAUUGAUAUUAAAGUUUACGUGUUUCAUUUUUUGAAGAUUUUUUUCGAAAAUAAUAUUAUAUAACAUUUUAUUUUUUGGUAUUGCUAUUUCGACAAUUAAGGUAUAUCGAAAUGGCUAAAAAAAAUAGGGGUUUCCAUUUAAAAAAAUGUUGUUGACAUCAUCACUCAGCUACCAAAAGGUGAAAAAUUAACGGUUCCGCGAACGUUAAUAAACAAGUUAAAUAGCUUAUUAUAUGGCUAUGUAGUAAAAAACUUACCAGUUAUACAUUUGUUUAAUGUAAUGUUAAAAAAUUAAGUCGCAGUUUUUGAUUUUUUUCUCUAAAAAGUAAGAGUUGGUCAUCUCUAAACAAAUUACAGCUAUCAGAAACUGAAGUGCAUUUUUUUAACUUAUUAUUUUAUCACUGUUUCACUAAAACUGUGCCGAAAGGCUCGUGUCUAGCGACAUCCGCAAUAUUUGACUCAUUGUCAUGUGUCACGACACUCACUUCGUUCGUGGCAUUUUGCUCCUCUUCAAAAUUUAACACAUUCUUAUUCUCAAUUGCUGUAAAAUAUAGCAUAGCAUAGCUUCUAAAAUUUUAACCUUUCUUCUCUUCUGAACAAAUUCUUUGAACCCAGCUUCUUUUUCUUUUUGUAAUUUUAGGAGGUAUUAUUUUUCUGUACAAACAUCUGCAAUUGUUCGGGUGAGACAAUGCCAUUAUUAUUAUGUCAAUAAGCUUUAUUAAUUAGAAAACAAUACUGCCAAUAUUUUUUCAAAUAUUGAUACUUGCAAUAUUUCUGUUUAUUAAAAAAAUAUUUGUUUACUUGUAGAACGAUAACUUGUAAUCAGAAUGUUUUUAACGUCGUUAUUUUUUAUUGUCACCUUGAAACUAGUUUUUUUGAUUUUUAUUAAAUUUUUAGUAAUAUACAUUUUUGUACCAAAAAAUUUAAUAUGUUUUAAAUUAUAAAAGAAAAUUUUGGGACAGUGACAUUUAGAAAACUUUUAAAAGCAUCAUCUUAUACUACGUUUUUCUAAUUUUCGAAAUACGGCUAUGAAUUAAAAAAUCUACGAUUAUAACUAUAACAAUAUAAUUUAGUCAAAUGGUGCUUCUAGGGAUCUAACAAACUUAAUAGCAAUAUAUUUAGUUGAAUUGAUUAGUCUGGUCAUAGUUUUAAUUAUUGUAAGCCUAUUUAUCUGAGUAAAUAAAUUAUUCGAAUAUGUUA